AACACAACCUAGGAAAUGAGAAAAAGGCAGAAGUGCAAGUUGGAUUUAAACGUUGUCAUGGGUGAGAGCAGUGAGGGAGUGCAGACACGGAUGAAAGCGUGUGCGAUUCUGUAGAUAGAGAGGAGCAAACAAAAGUUGAUGAGGAGAAGAAACUAAAGCUGGCUGUAGAGAAAGUUUGACUUUGGACACUGACGACGGGUCAAAAAUGGGUGAGUCCAGUAUCUGUCAGGUGAAGGCGACGGUCAUGAUGUACGACGACACCAACAAACGCUGGCUGCCGGUGGGGUCGGACGCCCCCAGCUUCAGCCGAGUCCAGAUUUAUCACAACCCUGCAGCCAAUACCUACAGAGUGGUGGGACGCAAACUAACAGCCGACCAGCAGGUGGUGAUCAACUGCCCCAUUGUCAGAGGGAUGAAGUAUAACCAGGCCACACCAAACUUCCAUCAGUGGAGGGACCACAGGCAGGUGUGGGGCAUGAACUUUGGCAGCAAGGAAGACGCUGCUCUUUUUGCGAACUCAAUGCUGCACGCCCUGGAAACUCUCAGUGCAUCAGCAGGCCCUGCUCCAAGUGGACCAUCUGCACAGGAAAUGGAAAACCGCAAAAGACUGGAGCAGCAAAAACUGGAGGAACAGCGAGAGAAGGAGCGUCUGGAGAGAGAGAAGCAGGCGGAUGCUGUUCCUGCUGCUCCUCCGCCUCCUCCUGCUGCUCCACCUCCUGCUCCUACUGCUCCUCCUGCACCCCCUGCUCCACCGGCACCACCUCCACCUCCGGGCCCUCCCCCCUCAGGUGGACCACCUGCACCUCCUCCACCACCCACUGGGGGCGGCAUUCCACCUCCACCACCUCCUCCUCCCCCCUCAGGAGGUGGAGGAGUUGGAGGAAACGACCUGGCUGCAGCUCUGGCCGGAGCCAAACUGCGUAAGGCAAAGAAUGACAGUGACGGUCCACCAGCCCCCAAGCCAGCAGCGACAUCAAGUGGAGGUGGAGGUGGAGGUGGUGACCUAAUGGGAGAAAUGAGUGCAAUCCUGGCCAGAAGGAGAAAAGCUUCUAACAGUCCUGCCGCAAAGAAGGAAGAACCUCGCAACGAAGAGUCUCAAUGCGCAGCGCCAAAAACCCCAGAAAUCAAUGAAAAACCCAGGGAAAAAUUUGCCACUCUGCCGAGACCUAAAUCAUCGUCCAACCCUCAAAGAGACACAGUCCCGUCCCACAGUUCACCCAACUGUCCGUCCCAAAAUGCAACCACUGCACCAGUGUCCAGGAUGAAGGUGUCGAACAAAAUCACAGAGGGAACAGGAAGUGAUGUCAAUACGGAACAAUUAAAACAGGAAAUCCUUGAAGAAAUUAGAAAAGAACUUCAGAAAAUAAAGGAGGAGAUCAUUACAGCAUUGACUAAGGAGCUACAGAGUGCAAAACCCACAGCUGACGAGGCCUGAAGUCUCUGCUGGAUUGAUUACUAUUAGUCAUGAUUGACACCAUGUUGCACAGAAAGUUGGCUUAAGUCAAAAUCGACUAGUUCGAAUAAGCAGAUCAGCCGAUUUCGUUCAUGUUGCUAAUAUUUUCUCAGGUAAUUUCUAAAGUGUUAGAAACGUGGAUGUUUUUCAUUGCUUUAAACUAUAUUGAACUAUUGGGGAUUUUUCAAAUAUAAACUAAAGUAUGAAUAUUUACUAGCCUUAAACAUAAUAAAUAGUGGAAUUAGGUG